UGUGCAACCCCAACUUCCCGAAUACAUAAUCACCGAGAAGCCCAGCAGAAAGCAGAUAUGGUGCACGCCCUCUGCUCGACACCCUCAUUGCGACUCGUCUCCUACUUUCACCAUGCUCGACCACUUCACCUUCAAUGUCCCGGCUGCCCAAUACGACGCCAUCGUCGCCUGGUACCUUGCGGCCCUCGCCCCGCUCAACUACACCAAGCAGUUCGAUUAUCCCGGACACGCCUGCGGUCUUGGCACGUCCCCUUCCUCAGCGGUGUUUUGGAUUGGCGUCGCCAAGGACGGUGCGGCGGCCGCGCAUGGGUUCCAUCUUGCGUUCAAGGCGGAGGACCAUGAGACUGUGGAUAGGUUUUAUAAGGCGGCGGUAGAGGCGGGUGGGAAGGAUAAUGGGACGCCCGGCCCGAGGGAGAUGUAUGGGCCAAACUAUUAUGGGGCUUUUGUGCUGGAUCCGCUGGGGAAUAACAUCGAGGUUGUGGAUAAGACGGCGCAUUGACAGUUGGGCGUUGGAGGAAGAGGGACUACGGAAGCGUAAAGACACUGUGUGAGGAGGCGCGUGGCUGUUGUGCGGCAGGCUUCGAGAGGCCGCGUGUUAAUGACUUUCCGAAUCAUAAGAGCAGUCACUCUCACGC